AUACCAGGCCAUGGUCCACUGUGGCAGCAUCAGGCAGACAGCCACCAUCCUGACCAUGGACAAAGACUGUCUGCGGACAGGGGACAAAGCCACAGUCCACUUCCGCUUUAUUAAGACUCCUGAGUACCUGCACUGUGACCAGAAACUGGUGUUCAGGGAAGGGCGCACCAAAGCUGUGGGCACCAUCACAAAGCUUCUCCAAUCCGUGAACACCCAGGCAGCUAAGGCCCAGCAGGCCAAGAUGCAGGCCAGUAAGAAGUAUUUUAAAGAGGGCACAGCAGCUAAUGAAGAGGCUGGAUCAACAGCACGGCCACCUAGUCCUAACGCAGCACAGCUUCCACUCAAGUCGGGAGGUGGAGGACGCAGAAGAGGUGGUCAGAGACAUCGAGGGAAAGGACUGAACACUGCAACAAUCUCUACAGCGGUGCCUGCAGGAGCAGCAGGCACCGCCUAAAACCUUCCAUUUCUCUUCAGCUCGCCUCAUCUCCUUUACAGGAAGGGAAAGUGACUAUAUGGCCAUCUGGUGGUUUCACACAAAGACUGACUGCACAUGUUUGUUUAAAUGAUAACUCAACAACUUUGUUGAUUAAUUAUAAAUUAUGAAUAAUCAAGUGAGUGAAUAAUUUUCCUCAUUAGGUCAAUUUAAAGCUUUAUUGGUGUAAUUAAUUGUGGGCUGCUGAAUUUGAUAUUGCGUUUUUAUUUAGUUUGAGUUUAUGCAGUUAUCUGCAAUUGUAGAUUACAUUAUAUAACCUUUUCUAUUUUAAUACAAAGGUUUGGGGGUUUUGUUAUCAGAACCUAUUUAGAUUCUUUUUUCCCAGCCAGCAGAAGGAUCAGUCACUUCCCCUGCCUAAACUUUCUCCACCUUCCACAAUGUACUUUAUUUUUUUUUGCGCAUCUUCUUUUCCUCAUUCUACUCUUCUAGCAUUUGUAACACACCUUUUUCCAGAUGGCACCAGGGUUUGGAGUCUAUUUACUGUCACAUCAGUCAUUUGAGGAAGUAGACUGUGUUUAGGAGACUGCUGGUACAUUGACAUUGGCAGUUUAAAUUCACAUUGGGAAUUGAAUGAACUGGAAGGGGAACUUCUUUAGGGUGGUAGCUAAAAUUCUCAUCUGGAAAUCACAAGUAAAGCAAAUCUUCAGAUGGUAACAGUGCCAUGGUUUGGUGAAUUCUGCUGCCAGUUGACAGGAAAGUUAUAAUCCUAUCCUGGACUUGUGACCACUGUACUGCACUGUUCACCAGUCAUCACUGUCAUGUAACAACAUGCAGCAUCAUUAUCUUCCAUCCAUUUGAUCUCAUAUGGCCUAAGUUUAUUCUAGCCAUUGUAUCAUUGUUAUGCCUUCCUUUUAAGCCAGUGUUGCAGUUUUACUAGUUCCAGUUCAUGCAGCCAAGAGAGAAUAGAUCCGAAAUACCUUUGCCCCCCCCCCCCCCCCCAACUAAUGUCAAGUGUCAAAGUGGCUUUGUUAUGUGUUAACCUGGCAGAGGUCCUCUUAUCUUAAGCCAAGCAAGCACAAGCACAACUUUCUGCCAUUUUGAAGCAGUCUGACCACCAACAAUCCAGAAGUUGAAAGUCCACGUACAAAAAUGAUUCAUCCACUAUUUUUACUACUUCAGUGCAAAAACUCAAGCGGUGUUUCAUACCUUUUAAAUGUCAAAAAGCCAAGUAACAACAUAUUUAAUUCACUAAAAAUGAUUCACUGUGACUAAAAUAUGUUUUGCCGCCAGCUUCUAAGCUUCAAAUUUCAUUACAAAUGUAUAACAGACACAGGAAGUCAAAUUAUUUCAUAUGACCAGAGAUCAAAUAUAUUAUGGUAACCAAUUAUUUAAGUGUAUUUCUAUAUGACUCAGUUUUGACUCUACAGCAGUCAAUUAGCCAGAUAAAGCAUGGGACGGAAACUGUAGAAAAAAACAUUUUAUGGGUCUAAACACACUAGCGAAUAGUGUACAACAAGUUAACAAUGCAAGUCAUGUCAGAAUUUCUCUAAUAAGCGGACAUAAACCAUUGAUCACAUCAAAGUAAUCUAAACAUUUAAUUGAGUUGCCACAUUCUAUUUCAACGGACAACUACAACCUUUUGUUUGCUAUGUAUUUUUCUACUAGUUUUAUCCAAUUGUUUGUCCUCCACCCAGUUUUGAGUUUGUUUUUGGAAGGUAACUGAACACUUACACCCAGUAUACCCUUUCAUAUACAUACUACAAUUUAAUACUGGUCUGAGAGUCUUUUGGGUCACUGAAUUACCCAUAUUAUGAAGAUCACAAACAUACUGAACUGCCAGAAUAUAUCCCUGUCUUUCUAUUAAACUAUUUUUUUUUCUUUUUAAAAGACUUAAAAAAACCUUUUUUGAAGGGACAGAUUUUGUGUGUAUGUUUGUACAAAAGUACAAGUUGUGCAGAAGAACUAAGGAUAAAAAAAAGAUACCAUUUAAAUUGAGUGCUGCCAGUUUGUGUUGUAAAUCCUUUUAAAUAAAGAUGUUAUAGAAAACUGA